AUGGCCACCCCAUCUUACCAUACUCGCUCUAACAGCUUCCCCAACAGACCACAUCCACUCGGUGCAGAACUCAAUGCGCAAUUGAGAAGAUUAAGAUCUUCUGAAGCAGCAUGUACAUCAUCAAUUUGCCACCAACUAGAAGGACUUCAAGAUCUUCAUGAUUGUGUUGAUAAGUUGCUACUAUUGCCAGUGAGUCAACAAUCAUUAGCUCAAGCACAGCAUAAAAAAUGGGCCGAUAAACUGUUGGAAGGAUCUAUCAGACUCUUGGAUGUGUGUAACACUGUGAAGGAUGCCUUGCUGCAAACAAAGGAAUGCUCUCGUGAACUUCAGUCAAUUUUGAGGCGGAGAGGUGGAGUUGAAACUGGGGUCAAGAAGUACCUAACCUCCAGGAAGGUGGUGAAGAAGGCCAUCCAGAAGGCCCUGGCAAAGUUGAACGCUGUUGAAACCUGCUCUUCUUCUAAGAAUAGCCAUGAGAGGAGUGAAACAGUCAACAUGCUAAAAGAGGCGGAAACAAUCACUAUCACUGCAAUGGAAUCCUUGUUGUCCUUCAUUUAUUCAUCCACCACAGCACCAACAAAACUAAGUGGCUGGUUGUUGGUCUCCAAGCUAGUAAAGACCAAAAGAAUAGCAUGUGAGGAAGAAAAAAUUAGUGAAAGUGAAUUUCUAAAGGUUGAUGUUGCCCUUUACUCCCUCAUCCAUCAGGCAACAAAAAAAUCAGAUGGUAUCAAGAAUCCUGAGAAUGUGCAAAACCAGCUCAAAGAAUUGGACUUGUGUAUUCAAGAUCUUGAAGGAGGACUUGAGAGCCUAAUACUUGAAAUUAAGGCCAACAACACUUGUGCAAAUGCAUAUAAUAUAUUUAUAAAUUAUAAUCAUCAUGGUCAAAACAGUUGGACUAUGAACUGGGAGGACUGGUGGAAAGGAGACAUUGCCGAAAAUGAAAUAGUAUUUAAAGGUAGAUCAAAUCAUGUGUCACCUGAGGAGUACUCGACAUUCCUCAUGGCUUCCUCUCCUAGUGGUAUAAAAGAAGCAGAACCCGCAUAA